UUUUUUUUUAUUUUUUUUUAAAGAAAAUAUAAUAUAUCAUGAGUCUUUGGGCAGAUAAAUAUAAACCAAAAACACUUGAUCAACUUUCAUAUCAUAAAGACUUGUCUACUCAUCUGAAAAAGUUGGCCCAUUCUGAUAACUUUCCUCAUUUAUUAUUUUAUGGGCCUUCAGGUGCUGGUAAAAAGACUCGACUUACUGCUGUUUUGAGAGAGAUAUAUGGCCCUGCUGUUGAUAAACUUAAAGUAGAUCAACGUCAAUUUGUCACUACUUCUAAUCGUAAAAUGCUAUUUACAGUAGUAUCAAGUAAUUUUCAUUUGGAAUUAAAUCCAAGUGAUUUAGGCAUGUAUGAUCGUGUCAUUGUUCAAGAUGUCAUUAAAAGCAUUGCACAAUCACAGCAAAUUGAUGCUAACGCCAAACACCAAUUUAAAAUUGUUAUUAUUGAUCAGGCAGAUGAGUUGACAAGAGAAGCACAAGCAGCACUUCGUAGAACAAUGGAAAAAUACACAUCUUCUAUGCGUUUGAUUCUUUGCUGUAAUAGUUUAAGUAAAAUUAUUGCUCCUGUUCGAUCUCGUUGUUUAUUGAUGCGAGUGGGUAGGCCUGAAACACCAGAAAUUGUUCGUAUUCUGCAAGAUGUUGCAAGCAAGGAAGGAUUUGUAUUACCAAAACAAUUAGCUACACAUAUUGCUGAACAUGCAGAAAGAAAUCUCCGUGCUGCUAUGUUAUCAUUAGAAAGUACAGCAGUUCGAUAUCCUGAUUUAACCAAUGUGACACGACCUGAGGAUUUGGAUUGGGAAAAAGCGAUUGCAAAAAUAGCAGAUGCCAUUAUAACAGAACAAUCAGCUACUAAACUACUUCAAAUUCGUGGAUAUUUAUAUGACCUUAUUACUAAAUGUAUUCAGCCUAGUAUUAUUUUGAAACGAUUAUCUUUUUAUUUAAUAGAAAAAGUACCAGAAUCAAUUAAACUUCAAAUUAUUGAACAAGCAGCUUUUCAUGAGCAUCGAUUACAUAUUGGCAGAAAAGAUAUCUUUCAUUUAGAAGCAUUUGUGGCUAAUGUUAUGAGUAUUUAUAAGAGGUAAAGAAAUACGUGUAUACAUAAAUAUAUAUCUAACAUACAAUUUGUUUUAGUCAUUUGAAUAACAUUUAAAAAAAAAAGAAAAUAAACUAAUAUACACAUUUAUAUAAAAUACACAUU